UCCCGUUGCUGUCUGUCAAGGCAUCGCACACCUCGUCGCACCCCGAAAGAAUGCAAGAAGGGAGGCAGAAGAGAGAGAGACGCGCGUCCAUGGCUUUCGCCGUCGCCUCCAAGCGGGCCCCGCUGCUGGCCGGCCUCCUCAAGAAGCUCCUCCUCGCAGCGCCCACUGCCCUCGCGCUCCGCCCAGCGUCCGUCGCCGCCGCCCGCCGCCUCUUCAACACCGGGGGCGCGCGGUUCCGCCGCGACGACGACGACUACGAGGAGGAAUCCAGCGGCGACGAGGACGUCUUCUGCGACCGCCGCCGCUGCCGCCGCGCGCGCGACUUCUCCACCCCCACGUUCUUCUCCGCAGACGCGAUGGACCCGUUCGGCGAGGGGGUGAGGCUGGGCCGGCUGCUGGCGCUGAUGGAGGACGACGCGGCGGCGCCGAGGCGGCGCGGGUGUUGGGUGUCCAAGGAGGACGCCGACGCGGUGCAGCUGAAGGUGCCGAUGCCGGGGCUGGGGAAGGAGCACGUGAAGGUGUGGGCGGACCAGGACGGCCUGGUGAUCGCGGGCGAGGACACCGGCGACGACGACGAGGAGGGCCCGGCGCGGUACAGCGGCUGCAUUGCGCUGUCCUGGGACGCGUUCAAGAUGGACCAGAUCAAGGCGGAGAUGAAGGACGGGGUGCUCAAGGUCACCGUGCCCAAGAUCAAGGUCGAGGACCGCAAGGACGUGUUCCAGGUCAAGGUCGAGUAGGGGAGGGCGAUGGAAUCCGGUCGGUCCAGGUCUCGUAGUUCAGUUGUAGCAGUGCUCAAGAACCAGUAGUAGUUUAGUGCAGUAGUUGAUGCUGAUGGAGAAGGUUGCGAUCGAGAGGGAGACGUGCUUUUUGGUGGUGGUGUUUCGAGCCUGGCGAUGUCUGAGGCAGCCGUGUUCGCCUUUCAGUUCGUCCUGUUUUGGUUCAUGAUGGUGACGACGACGACUCCUGAUGAUCUUGCUAUGAACUUCUCAUGGGUAAUGGCGUAAUGACAUCUAAUCUGUAUUCAUGUGCUUGUGUUCUUGUGAAUCCUUGCAUUGCCCAUCGUUUGAGAAUGUACUCGUGAAAUCUGAACUUGAUAUUGGUUCAGACAUGCAGCAGUUGCAGCUUGGAGUGAAAUGCCCAGUUGGUCUGA